AUGCCCUAUAAUAUUACUCGCGCUUCGGCCUGCCACGGCCCGCCAUUCUUUGAGGACUCCCAAUUCUAUUCUCAGGAGACCGCGUCUAUAAUCCAAACGGCUUGGAACGAAAACAUCGAUCCAUUACUUCAAUCAUCUCCUACCAGCCGGAAAGGUUCAAACGAAGACAUCACCAUGACUUUACAACAUCAGAAUCCUUCACUUGAGAGGUUUCUGAUGCAUAACGAGAAUCAUUUUCUAUACGACACUGAAAGGAUGCAACAUCAUCCACAAGGUGUGCCUCAUGCGCUUAACAGAACGGUGGCCCCAAUUGCAUCACUUCCUCAUACACCCGGUCACAGGUUAAGCUCUCCAUGCCCAUCCCAUGAUCCGACUUCUUCCUGCAGCAGCGCCAGAACACCAGGUUCGGACAAUGAGUGGGAACCGCAGUUUUCUCCCAUCCAGUAUUCCAGAGACGAGUUUUAUCUUCCCCAGGCGACAUCAUUCAUUGGUCAUGGUUUUCCGGAAUGGACCGGCGGAAAUCAACAAGCUUUCCCGCAGCAGAAUGGAUUUCCAUGUGUGCAGAUGAGCCAGAUACAAGGACUGCCAGAUCUUCAACCAGAAGAGGCAAUGUACGAAACCAUUGACGAGGCAUAUAAUUCAAUUGAGGUGAAGAAUGUCUAUUCUGUGAGCGAUAAUCAGAUUAUGCAUCUGAAGCACGAGCAUAGCAUUGCAUACAACUACCAAAUCGAUGAGGGGAUUGGAGCCUCAAUCAAGGACGAAGGAUCCUUGCCAGAUGUCGCACCUGCACACUCACACUUGGAUGCCAUGUCCGAGGCCGACGCUGAUGGAGAAUUGGAAGAAGAUACUGAAGUCAUUCCAGAGCCUUUAUCAGACACAGAAUACACACCAAAACGCUCUCGCGCCCGCAAAGCUCGCUCUCCGCGAGCAUCUCCUCAAUAUCAUCCCCUCAAAAGUGGCCGAAUCCACAAAUCAUCAUCAAAGGCACGUGGCAACGUCAUUUGCAAGCAAUGCGAGCACGCACCAUUCAAAGACACCACUGCUCUCCAACGCCACAUCACCUCCUCACACACCCGCGCCUUCAUCUGCGUUUUCAAUUUCGCAGGUUGCGGCGCAACCUUCACCAGCAAGAACGAAUGGAAACGUCACGUCUCGUCCCAACACCUCAACCUCACCGCUUGGGUCUGUGAUAUCGGCACCUGCGGCAAGAACAACAGCAGCGGCAAGUCCAAACCUGCGGAGUUCAACCGCAAAGACCUCUUCACCCAGCAUCUGCGACGCAUGCACACACCCUUCCAGGUCAAGCGCAAUAAAGACAAGAAGAAUCUCGAGUGGGAAGAGAAACUUAAAGAUCUGCAGAAGGAGUGUCUGGUUAUGAAGCGCGAACCCCCGAUGCAGCUUGCAUGUCCAUUGCCCGGAUGUGGCGCGUAUUUUGAGGGCCAGGGCACUUGGGAUGAUCGUAUGGAACAUGUGGGCAAGCAUUUGGAGAAGGCUGCUGCGGGUGUAGGAGAGUGCGUGAGGCAGGAGGAUGAUGCGUUGCUUGUUGAGUGGGCGGCCAGAGAGGGGAUCUUGAUGAGGAAGCCCGGGUUUAGUGGGUGGAGGUUGUGUGUUGAUAAUGGGAAUGGGAAGAAGGACGAGGAUCGGGAUGCUGAUGGGGAGGAGGAGUUUUUGUGA